UCCCCAAAGACAGCCCGGUCGGGCCCGACGUGAAAGCCGAGGCCGCGCCCAAGCGCGCCCUGUACGAGUCGGUGUUCGGGUCGGGGGAAAUCUGCGGCCCCUCUUCCCCCAAAAGACUUUGUAUCCGCCCCUCGGAGCCUGUGGACGCGGUGGUGGUGGUUUCCGUGAAACACGACCCCCUGCCUCUUCUUCCAGAAGCCAAUGGGCACAGAAGCACCAAUUCUCCCACAGUAGUUUCACCUGCUAUUGUUUCCCCCGCCCAGGACAGUCGACCCAAUAUGUCAAGACCUCUGAUCACUAGAUCCCCUGCGUCUCCACUGAACAACCAAGGCAUCCCUACUCCAGCACAGCUCACAAAAUCCAAUGCGCCCGUCCACAUUGACGUGGGCGGCCACAUGUACACCAGCAGCCUGGCCACCCUCACCAAAUACCCCGAAUCAAGAAUUGGAAGACUUUUUGAUGGUACAGAACCCAUUGUUUUGGACAGUCUCAAACAGCACUAUUUCAUUGACAGAGAUGGACAGAUGUUCAGAUAUAUCUUGAAUUUUCUACGAACAUCAAAACUCCUCAUUCCUGAUGAUUUCAAGGACUACACUUUGUUAUAUGAAGAGGCGAAAUAUUUUCAGCUCCAGCCCAUGUUGUUGGAGAUGGAGAGGUGGAAGCAGGACAGAGAAACGGGUCGCUUUUCAAGGCCCUGCGAGUGCCUCGUGGUGCGUGUGGCCCCAGACCUUGGAGAAAGGAUCACGCUCAGCGGCGACAAGUCCUUGAUAGAAGAGGUGUUUCCAGAGAUCGGAGACGUGAUGUGCAACUCUGUCAACGCAGGCUGGAACCACGACUCGACACACGUCAUCAGGUUUCCACUAAAUGGCUACUGUCACCUCAACUCAGUCCAGGUCCUCGAGAGGUUGCAGCAAAGAGGAUUUGAAAUCGUGGGCUCCUGCGGGGGCGGUGUGGACUCGUCCCAAUUCAGCGAAUACGUCCUACGGCGGGAACUGAGGCGGACACCCCGUGUACCCUCCGUCAUCCGGAUAAAGCAAGAGCCUCUGGACUAAACAGACACGUUUCUUAUACAAAAAGAAAAACACACACAAGGAGUAACGCAAACAAACAAAGGGACAUUCAUGUGCAGUUGGGACAGCAAACCGAGUCCUGGACCUAAAAUCGAAUCAAAGACACAUUUAUAUCUAAUAGAGACCACAUCUGUACUCCUAUGGGAACAAUUGGAAUAGUGAUAUCCUCAAGGUGUAAAAAAUAUAUAAAUAUAUAUAUAUAUGUCAAAAGGUAGGAAAUGCAAAAAAGAAAAAAGAAAAAAAAAAGGCGAUAGUGACAGUUGGUGCUGUGAUGGCCGUGAGGUGUCCUGGGCCCCCCAAGGCCUCUGACCAAUAAACAAGCCAUGUGCGGUGGGGACACAGUCUCCCUACAGGUUCCAUUGCCAACAGCCAUCCAUGUUUCUUCUUCCUUUGUCUUUCUUUUUCCUUUUUUUUUUUUUUUUUUUUUUAAAAAAAGCAACAAACGAACACCUUGAAUCAAGUUUCUUUGCGUACAGAGGUUUGGUGUAUCUCUUUAGGCAGGGACCAGGCAGGACUUCAGAAAAACUCUCCUGAGCACAUUGCAUUUGAAAGACGUUAGACAUGAAAUUUUAAAUGUAGUUUGUACAGAAGUCACACUUUUUUGUCCGCCUCACUGACGUGAACUUGACUUUGUUUUUAAACUGAUCAGUUUUGCAAAGGGGCCAGAAUUAUUCCUUGUUAGAAUUGCUGCAAGUCCGCUGCUUUCCUACAAUUUUUCAAAUUUUAUAAUGUAUUAAAUACAAUAAACUCUGUUUAAAAAAUAAGGUCUGUGUGACGCACACGUAUUGGUGUGAUGCUGGAUUAAAAUGGAAUUUUUCUUUUUU